UGAUUAAAGUGUGCUGAGUUUUGAUCGGAAUCCGCGACUAGGAAAAUGAUUUCCCGAAACCUGUGCAAUUUUGGAAUAUGGAAACAAAUGUGCUUAUCCCGAUCUAGAUAUACGUUGUGUACCACAAGUAAUGGGCAAUUCUACCGUUUAAGUCAAAGUACCGUUCACCCAUGGUCCAAUUGUUCGUCGUUCUCAACCCAUGGGGCCCGAUCUUAUUGUUUUUCUACCAAAGUUUCACAACACCGGCAAAAUCGAUUCUACUCGACAGUUUCCGAGAAAGGCGCGACGGAUCAGCAACAAACAGUGGCAACACCACAGUUGCUCUCGAAACUUUUUCCUCAAACUGCCAUCGAAGGCUCAGAACAUGAGGCUCAGCUGGAAAAACAACGCAAGGAGGAAGAGGAAGAGAAAAAGGAAAAGGAAUCCUCUUGGAAGCGGAUGAAAUUCGGUUUCGUCUUUUUUGGAUUUUCGGUGUCCGCUUUUUGUGUAUACAUUGUAUGGAUAUUCGGGGCACCAGACCGAGAUGCAGAAGGAAAUAUAAUCGAGGAUGAGUUUAUGGGGUUACCCACAUUUCAACAGUACUUUAGAAGGCUGUGGAAAUCUAUGACCUAUUAUCAAAAGAUGAUUCAGGAACCCUCACGCGAGAAACUACUCCCAGAUCCGCUGAAAUAUCCUUACGCACAGCCGCCGUACACACUGGUUUUGGAGAUGAAGGAUGUACUGGUUCAUCCGGAUUGGACCUACCAAACUGGUUGGCGGUUCAAAAAACGUCCGGGAGUUGACAAGUUCUUGGAAACUUUAGCUGCUAACUAUGAGAUUGUGGUGUUUACUGCGGACCAAGGAAUGACUGUUUUUCCAAUCCUAGAUGCACUUGAUCCACGAGGUUACAUUAUGUAUCGUUUGGUUCGAGACGCCACUCACUUUGUCGAUGGUCACCACGUAAAAAAUCUGGACAAUUUGAACAGGGACCUCAGCAAGGUCAUUGUUGUUGACUGGGAUCCAAACUCAACCAAACUUCAUCCGGAAAAUACACUUAACAUCCCACGCUGGACUGGCAACGACGACGAUUCCGGACUCUUUGACCUGAUGGCUAUGCUUGUAACGAUUGCUACCACUGACGUCGAAGACGUUCGCGAGGUAAUGACGUACUACAAAUCUUUCGAUAAUCCUUUGGCGAAAUUUCGAGAAAACCAGCGUCUUCUCGCGGAACAAAUGGCUGAAAAGGAGCAGGAGGAAAAACAACGCAAUCUGCCGGCCGUACAACGUUGGAGACCCAGUUUCCUCGGAGGCGGCCGUUGAUAAUGUUAUGUUGAUCGAAUAAAUAUCUUAGCUCGUU